CGUCGACACCAGGAUCUACACCACUUCUCAGUAAGCAGUUUGUGUACCGUCUGUGAUGCAACACCUCACAUCUCCUCCACAGCUGAGAAUGUCAACAUGAGAAUACAUUGUAGAGGGAUGAUGCGAGGAUGAAGGAGCAAGUUACCUGGUGACGCUGUUGAUUACAGGUGACACACAGGUGGUCUAGGUGACCCACAGGUGGUCCGGGUGACACGCAGGUGAGGGCAGGUGUCGCACAGGUGGUCCGGGUGACACACAGGUGGUCCGGGUGACACACAGGUGGUCUAGGUGACACACAGGUGGUCCGGGUGACACACAGGUGGUCCGGGUGACACACAGGUGAGGGCAGGUGGCACACAGAUGGUCCGAGUAACACAGCAAUCAGAUAUAAAGCAGUAGACACAUUAUAGAGACCUUUAUAGCCCAUCGCAGCGCAAAGUUACUGUCACAUUGCAACUUAAAGUUACGUAAGAGUUACAUUACUAACAAACAUGAUUAAUAGUUACCUCACGAAGUUACUCCAUAUUCAAAGUUACGUCACAAAGUUAUCUCACUAAGUUAUUUCACAAACAAAGUUACGCCAAAGUUACUAAGUCACUCCACAAUCAAAGUUGCGUCACACGUUACCUCACUAAGUUACUCCACAAUGAAAGUUGCGUCACAGUUACCUCACUAAGUUACUCCACAAUCAAAGUUACGUCACAAAGUUACCUCAUUAAGUUACUCCAUAAACAAAGUUACGCCACAGUCACCUUACUAAGUUACCUCACAAUCAAAGUUGCGUCACACAGUUACCUCACUAAGUUACCCCACAAUCAAAGUUGCGUCACACAGUUACCUCACUAAGUUACCCCACAAUCAAAGUUGCGUCACACAGUUACGUCACAGUUACAGCUGCGUCAGAAGCAACGCAGCUGGGUCCUCCGUCCGCUGGCUGUCUCUUGGAUCAACUGUACUCUGCCGUGAGCGAAGAUGGGCGGCAAAGGUAGCAAGAAACUAGUGCCUAACAGACCUCCAGCCCGGAGGGCCCCAUCAGGGCCAACACCCACCAGGAUGGUCCCUCAACCAGCCACCAGGAUGGUUCCUCAACCAGCCACCAGGAUGAUCCUUCAACCAGCCACCAAGAAGGUGUCUCAACAACCAGCCACCAGGAUGGUCGCUCCUGACGGUGGCUGGGGCUGGAUGGUCGUUUUUGGGUCCUGUCUCACUCUGUUUUUCUUCCCGGCCAUGACGAUGGCGUUCGGUGUGUUGUUCCGGGAGAGGCUGGAGCAGCUGGGGGCGCGAGCUACCGUCUUCACCGUUAUUGGUAAUGGUCUCAGCACCUUCUGGAGUUUCAUGGCAUUGAUGAUGGCCCCGUUAACGGAACUGUUCGGCUACCGUCGGGUAACAGUGGUGGGAGGCCUACUGGCCUUCCUCACACUCUUACUCUGCGCCUACACCGCCAACGUCAUCACCUUCGCUCUGGCUUACUCGGUCCUGGGAGGGAUGGCGUGCGCUCUCUCCACCUUCAGCGGUCUCGUCAUCAUUACUCGGUACUUCGAUCGCCGUAAGGGUCUCGCUAAUGGAAUAAUCGCCUCCGUCUCUGCUCUAGGAAAGAUUGCAAUGGCACCCUUGAUGCGUUUCUUUCUGGACGAGUAUGGGUACGUGUGGGCAUGCCUACUGGCGGGGGCACUCUCUCUCAACGCCUGUGUAGCUGGGAUGCUCUUCCAGCCUCCAGAGUGGCACCUGAUACCAGAAAAGCUUAAGUUAGAGGAGGGAUUAAAACUGGAGAGCUCCGUAGCGACCACACCAGUUGCCAUCACAGAGAAUGGUCUGGUGGAGAAGAAAGGAAGGAAGGAUGGUGGUGAGGCUUCUGUGAAGAAGCCAGAAGAGGAAGAGGACGAGAACAUUAUCUUCGUCAUGCCGACCACACCAACAAACAUCCAUCCUCCUCGCAGAGACGAUGAAAUAAUCCUCUUCUCAAGAGCCUCCGAGGUGAAGGAGAGAGAACACAAGAUCAGCAAACUAUCACUGGCAGAGUCCAGGUCGUCCCUGGUGGGCUCCCUGCCCUUGCUAACACCCGUGGAGCAGAGAGUGUAUUGGGACGCCAGCGACCAACCCACCACCUGCUGCAGCGACUGUCUGAUUGUCAAGGUUUUCCGCAUGUUGGACUACGAGAUGCUCAGACAGCCUUACUUCCACCUGAUAGCCUGGCCUAAUGCCUUCGGUAUCUUCGGCUACGUGAACAUCAUGUAUGCUCUUCCUGGCUACGUCGCUGCCAGCGGCUACACUCCCUACCAGAGUGCUUUUGUUAUCUCCUUAUUCAGUGCCUCGGAGGCUGUGUUCCGGCUGGUGUUCGCUGGUCUCUCCGACUACCCCUGGUUCCCCUUAGAGUGGUCUUAUACUACUGGCUUCCUUAUCUCCGCACUUGCCGCAACAGCACUAGCAAUGUGGGACUCCUACGAGUGGAUAAUCUUCUGCGUGCUGCUGAACGGGGCAUCCAUGAGUCUGACCAACGUUCUCCUUCUGCACGUAGCGGCGGAGUACCUUGGACUGGAAAAGUAUGCUCAGGCUAUUGGAUUCUUCUCUGUCAUCAAUGGCGUCAUCAUUGUUCUUGGUGGCUCCAUUACCGGUAUGGUGAGGGACUUCUCCGGUAGUUACAGAGCCACUUUCUUCUGGAUUUCCUCCGUCAUCGCUAUUGGAGCCGCCGUCUGGAUAACCAAGUGCUGCUACAAGAUAAUCAAGGCCAAAUACAAAAAAGUUCCCGUCCAAACACAGUAGCUGAAAAUGAAGCCAAAUGAAGCGGACAGAAGUCUAACUGUUAGCCUCUAGUUUAGAAGCAUUGGUUGAAGAUGGGAGUGUUCAAGCGUUGUUAGUAUGUGUUCACCAGCGGUGGUAAAGGCUAAGGCAGUCUAGAUGUAGUAAUUUCCGUGUCUAGGUGGAGUAGGAGAGUCAAAAAUUCUUCAGGUAUAACCUAAUCCUCUCUAGAAAGAGUAACCGAGGCUAGGUGAUGCUAGAAGUAGCACGGUUCUCGUCCAGGAACACUAGAUGACGUCAAGCAAGUUCGUUAGUAUUUAGUUCAACCUAACGCCUCUCUAGCAAGAGUAACCGAGGCUAAGUGAAACUAGAAGUAGCAAGGCUCCCUUCCAGGAACAGUAGAUAAGGUCAAGCAAAUUCGUAUUCACUUCAUCUCCAAGUUCACACACAAUUUACGAACGCGGGAGAAGCCCAGCUGAGUAACAUUUUUUCCCCAAGUUAUCCCCAGGACCUGGAGCAUAAUUAGGUACGUCUCCCAGUGUAGGAGGUGAAUCUUUCCUCGUUUGUCUAGGCUGCUGGCAAAAUGUAAUUACCAUUUCCAGAUUAACUUGAUUUUUCCGUACAAAAUCAUUACUGUUUUUUUCCUCUCUAAUGAGAAAGAAUGAUGAGAGUGCCAGCAGUGAUCUUGAGAGUGCCAACAGUGCCUAUGAGAGUGCCAACAGCGCUUGUGAGAGUGCCAACAGUGACCAUAAGAGUGCCAGCAGACAGUGGGGGAAGGGGGGGGGGUGACGUGUGAGAGUGAGCAUCAUGGGAAGGGGAAGGGACGAGGUGAAGGAGGAAGUUCCAACAACACACAGUAGUCUCAGGAGUGAAGGACAGGACAGUGGACAACAAGGUGCAACACACAGAGCUACACGAGACCUGCUGCCUUGUAUCCCAGUGUUGUUUUAACUCGAUUUUUCUUGUCCUCUGAGAUAUUAAAAGUUUUAUUUGAUUUACAAGACAUGAGUAUUACUAUUGUUAUAAUUAUUAUUACUCUUAUUAUUGUAUUAUCCUUUUAUUCCCUUUCUUUCAUUAUUAUUAUUAUUAUUAUUAUUAUUAUUAUUAUUAUUAUUAUUAUUAUUAUUAUUAUUAUUAUUAUUAUUACUAAUAUUAUUAUUAUUAUUACUAUUAUUAACAAUUAUUAUUAUUUUAUUCAAUGAUGAUAAUUUUGGACGAGUUGAAAAAGUUUGUAUAUAUAUCUUACAGGCAAAAUAAAUUGUAUUCAAUACAAAGAGUUUGGUAUAAGAGAUUUUAUAACACUUUCUAUUAAUGGUUUCCAUAAGUCACAGUCUUCUGAAAAAAAUUAUUUUUGAUUCUCGAAGCCAAAAUUAAAAAUUCAGGUAUCUAGCUAUAAUUGUUA